GGCAAAACUGCUUAAAGUUAAGUUGGCAGAACUGUCUUUCAAAAUAGUAACAUUUGAGGUUAUUUUGUGAAAUUUUGAAGAUAAAAACUCAAUAGACUAGAGAAAUUUGACAAUGUCAAAAAUCCAAGUCGUGGCUAAAGUUUCCCAAAAAUUUUUGGUAAAGCCGCAGCUUCCUGCUGUCACAGUAAGAUGUAUGGCAGAUUGGGUGCCUAAAGAGAAAGAAACUCACACAGGACAGAAAUGGGAAGAAGGUGACUAUAGGUUGUCGAGAUUCAUCAACAGGCCGAAACACGUCAACCCUAACUUUGCCAUCGAUCUCAUUGCAGAAGUUCCGCCGAAGGCAUGCAAAGAACGUGUUGUAUGGUGCGAUGGAGGCAGUGGCCCCACUGGACAUCCCAAAGUUUACAUCAAUCUUGAUAAACCAGGAAAUCAUGCUUGUGGCUACUGCGGCUUGAGAUUUUUCAAAGAAGGUCAUCACUGAUUUCUGUAACAAUCAGAGAAAUAUUUGAAUUAUUCAGUGAAAGUUUACUUGUUAGAAAUUAGUCAAUAAUAAAAUUGUGUUGUAUUUA